UCUGUGUGGCUCUCUCUCUCUUCCUGAUUUGUCUCCUCCCUCCUUUCUUCUUCUGCCCCAGCUGCGAAGAGAGAGAGAGAGAGUUGCGACGACGAUAGGAUGGAUCCCGACGCUGUAGCCAAGGCUUUUGUGGAGCACUACUAUACGACAUUCGAUGCAAAUCGUGCGGGUUUGGCGAAUUUGUACCAGGAGGGUUCGAUGCUCACCUUCGAAGGUCAAAAGAUCCAGGGGUCUCAGAACAUCGUGGCCAAGCUUACCAGUCUACCUUUCCAGCAGUGCCAGCACAGUAUCACCACCGUCGAUUGCCAGCCCUCCGGUCCAGCCGGCGGCAUGCUCGUCUUCGUCAGCGGCAAUCUACAGCUUGCCGGUGAACAACAUGCCCUCAAGUUCAGCCAGAUGUUUCAUUUGAUGCCAACCCCGCAAGCAAGCUUCUAUGUGUUCAAUGACAUUUUCCGGUUGAAUUAUGCAUGAGUAUAGGAAUGAUCAACUGGGAACUGCAAGGGGAGGGACCAUAUUUGGUUGGAACAUCUGGGACAGAAAUCAGUUUGCAUUAGCUCUUAGACAUUAAAAUGGAAUCCUUUUUUUUUUUCCCUCUUUCUAUUUUGGGUUGGUUUGCCUGUGUUCUCAAUAUUCUGACUUCGAAAGCAAAGACUCCUUUGUUGUUGUGAUUAGAUGAUUGGUGAAAACUGCUCUUUGAAUAUG